AUAAAAUCCAUGAUUUUGGAGUGCGCGGGUCUUCCGCCUCAUCCUCGAAGGGGCAAAGAGCAUUGCAGUACGAGUAUAAAAUCUUGUGAAGGUACCUGGGCUAUCUAUGGCGUUCCAACGUCUCUUUCUUCCAGCAACAACUCUAGUACUGAUUGUGAGCUCUUUUCAUGCUCAGCCGGUCGAUGACGAUAAGUGCUGUGUGGACUCGGCCGCAGUUUAUCAACCUCCAAAAGGAUGUCCCCAUCCGCAUCCUGCAUCAAUGUCGCCUCCGCCCGCUGGAAGCUCGGAGUCCUCGGUGGUUUUCCAGAGUUUUCACAAAUCCACAAACAGCACGAGAGCCGGGAUCUUUAGUACGGGAACGCCACCACCAGCUCCGGAACCAACUCGUCCACCGCCGCCACGUUGCGAACCAAGCCCGCAGUCGGCGACGCUGUUAUGCUGCUGCGCCAACAUAGAGUACGUGGCUACUGAGUUCUAUACUCAGGCGUCCAUGGGGAGGACUAUGGACUACUUGGACUCUAGCCUCGCUGGGAACUGUACCGAUCCUCCGCGAGGUGGCGAGAAGGCGUACCUCUCUCCCAGCGCCGAGGAUAUGAUGCGGCAGAUCGCUUACCAGAGCCUGGAUCACUUGAAGGCGAUCCAGUUAUCUCUUGGAAGUAACAAGUCUUGCAACCGGCCGGGGAUCGACGUGAGCUGCUCCAGGUUUAGCAGGAUUGUCAACGAUGCUAUGGGACACACACUGUGGCCGGAUUUCGACUGGUACAAGAACGACUACACCACACUCUUGGGAGCUUACUGGUUCUCUGGCCUCCUCACCAAGUGCUACACUGGUAUCCUUGACAGAUGCGAAGGCCCAGCCACCAACAGACUCUGUGGAUCCCUCGCCGCUGCCAAAGCCCGGCAGGAGAUGGUGAUCAGGACGGUGCUUUACCAGAACUUCCAGCACAACGUCUAUCCAUACAAGAUCUCGGUGGCGGAGUUUACGAACAGGCUCUCGCGGUACAAGGACAAGCUCGCUGGGAGCAACGGGACUGCGGACGAGGGGCUGUGGGUUCCAAGCUGCCUGGGAACUGGCGGCUCUAACAGCAAUAUGUUCUCGGCGGAUUCGUACGGACUCCCCUUUAGCUACAACGUGACCGACGGCUGCGAUGUUGUCAAAGCGGUCCUCGGCCCAAUGGCGUACAAUUACAAGUGAAUUGUACAGAAUAAAACCAAUACAUUAAAGUU